AUGGCUCUGUGUGGCGCUCUGUGUGGCGCUCUGUGGCUCUGUGUGGCGCUCUGUGGCUCCAAAGCUCUGUGCAGCCUCUGUAGGCCUGUGGCGCUCUGUGGCCUGUGUGGCGCCCCCAGACCUGUGUGGUGCCCCGUGCCCUGUGUGUGGUGCCUCUGUGGCCUGUGUGGUGCCUGUGGCUCUGUGUGGCGCCUGUGGCCUCUGUGUGGCACCUGCGGCUCUGUGUGGCGCCUGUGUGGCGCCUCUCUCUGUAGCCCAGGCGCCUGUGCCUGUGCGCCUCAGACCCUGUGUGCGGUGCUCCGUGGCUCUGUGUGGUGCUCUCCCGUGUGGUGCUCUGUGGCUCUGUGUGGUGCUCUGUGGCUCUGUGUGGCGCUCUGUGGCUCUGUGCGGCGCUCUGUGGCUUUGGGUGGUGAUUGA